AUGGACACAAUACUCAUCGCAGAUGGUCUGGCAAAGCUUCAGAUUCGCGAUGAUGGCCUUUUCACAUCACUUGCCUCUGCCCUCAGAGCUCACAUCAAGGCUGGUGAGCUCGGUGUGCGGGAAGUCCGUCACGCUGCAUCAGCCUUUUCUUUGAUGGGCUUCGUGGAUGCCAAGCUCGCGUCUGCGCUGAUGAACUGGCUCUCGCCACGCCUCGAGAGUUGCGGAGGUGAUGAUCUGUCAGCGCUUGCCUACUCGCUCUCCCGUGCGGAAGUGGCAAGAGGAGCACACAGGAUUGGCUUCCAAUCGGGUAGGCAAGGGCUGCCAUAUCGUAGUGGAGCAUCCAUCAGGGUAAAGAGAGAUGAUCCGGUACGGAGCUUCUUCCAGGCUCUGCGCGCGGAAGUGCCACGGCGUCUCGCUGCCGGGGAGCUAAGCAGCAAGGCUGGCAUGCUGGAGCCGGAUGAUCGCGAAGCGCAGAAGCUGGUAAAGGGCCGGGAAGGUCAGUUAACGCACGCGGCUGUGGAAGACUUGAAUGCAGGCCGGUGCUCGAUGUUCUCGGAGCACGGAGCUUGGUUAAAGCAAUCGCAGAAGUACAUGCAAGCGGACCGAGCCACGCAGCUGGCACCGAUGCUGUCGCCCAGACAGCUGGCACGGCUGGCUGUGGGCUUCGGCGAGGGUCAGGUCAAGGUGAAGACUCUUUGGCAGUCGUUGACGAAGGAAGCUUUGGCACGGGCCUCGGCCUUCUCAGCACCUGAUGUCCUGCGUGUCCUGGCCGGCUUCGAUGCAGCGAACAUCCAGCAUCCAGGUUUGCUGAAAACCUUCUGGGCGCUUGCUUCCGACAAACAGGCAAAGUACCUGGUGGAGGAGCUACUGGCCUUGCUUCAGAUGUGGCCCCGGGUCCCAGUGGCGCUGCGCCCGGAUCCGGACUCCUUGAUGAAAAGCAUGCGCCUGCGCCUGGAGAAGGGAAGCAGGGGAGUUGGCUGGUAUGCGCCGGCCGAAUUGGCCAUUGAGCUCAUCGAAUGGCUACCGGCAAGCAGAGCACUGACCGAUCGCGGCCUGGAUACGCGGCUCCUUAGGGCCACUCUGGCGCAGCUGCCAAGGCAGUUGCAGUCUGCUACUCCUGGGCCUCGGCGAAGAUUGCUGUCCACGUUGACCCUCCAAGAUGAGGAGAUAGCGGCAAAGGCACGCAAUGAGGCGCAGCAGUCCGAGGUCCUGCAGCGGGCCUUGGCCACGGUGGCCCAGGACGUUGUUUCGACCGCACGGCAGCACACAAUGCAGGAGCUUGCUGCAGACACAGCCUUCGGUUGUGCUGCCCUGGGCUUCGAUGGGUCGCCGCUGCAAGAGCUCCUCGGAGAGCUGCUGCAAGUCAGCGUUACGGAGGUGCAGAUGGCUGCCCGCAUCUGCUGGGCUUGCGCAGAGGUGAAUGUGCAUGCGGGUGCCGCGCGGGCACUCAUAUCUCAAAUGACGGUGUUGGCUCAGGACGUUUCACCUGUUAGUGACAUCGCCGACAAGGUCAGCUUUCUUCGCCUCGCGUGGGCCUUGCUGGUCCUGGAUGGCCCGGAAUCUGAACUUCGGAAGCUGCUGGCUGCUGGCGAUGCCGGCGACGUUGAGGGGGACCAGUUGCUGGCGGCACUUACACCACUCGACCUUCGUCCACUGCAGCAGCUGGCCUGGCACUGCCAGCAGCAUUUUCCGGAACCAGCAGGACACUGGUCCACUGCG